UAUUAUUAUAAUGUAAUAUUAUCAAUAAGAAGUGUGACAUGGAUGGUAGACACUUAACCUAAGACGUUGUUCAAUGUCUUGGUUUUGUUAAUGGCUACAUUGUACAGAACAUUAAGCAGAAGAAGAUGUUUUCAUGCCUUAACUUCUCUAACCCGUACCUAUUACUCGUCACCGCUCCACCAAUACAACAAAUAUAUAUCCAAUCUGAUUCGAAGUGGUAGAUUAAGAGAAGCGAGAGCACUCUUUGAUUCCAUGAAGCACCGAAAUGCCGUUACUUGGAAUUCCAUGAUUAGUGGGUACGUGCAUCGGAGAGAGAUUGUCAAGGCACGCCAAUUGUUUGACGAAAUGCCCCAAAGGGACAUCGUGUCCUGGAAUCUCAUUGUUUCGGGUUACUUUUCGUGUCGUGGAAGUAGGUUCAUCGAGGAAGGACGUAAGCUGUUUGAGCUAAUGCCACAAAGAGAUAGUGUCUCUUGGAACACGGUCAUCAGUGGGUAUGCUAAAAAUGGCAGGAUGGACCAGGCUAUGAAGCUCUUCAAUGCCAUGCCGGAGCGUAAUGUUGUGUCCUCCAAUGCUGUGAUCACUGGAUUCUUGCUGAAUGGAAAUGUGGAUUUGGCAGUUGGUUUUUUUAAGACGAUGCCUGAGCAUGAUUCUGCCUCUCUUAGUGCCCUUAUUUCAGGGCUUGUUAGAAACGGUGAAUUGGACAUGGCUGCUGGGAUUUUGCACGAAUUUGGUGGUGAUGAUAAGGAUAAUUUGGUGCAUGCUUAUAACACCCUGAUUGCAGGUUAUGGUCAAAGAGGUCAUGUGGAAGAAGCUCGGCGCCUUUUUGAUGAGAUUCCAGAUGAUCGAGGUGGUGGUGAAAAGGAUCAAAGGAGGUUCAGGCGAAAUGUGGUCUCAUGGAAUUCAAUGAUGAUGUCCUAUGUGAAAGUGGGAGACAUAGUGUCUGCCAGGGAGCUCUUUGAUAGGAUGGUGGAGCGUGAUACCUGUUCUUGGAACACUCUGAUCAGUGGCUAUGUUCAAAUCUCGAACAUGGAUGAAGCUUCGAAGCUUUUCAGGGAAAUGCCCAGUCCUGAUGUACUUUCAUGGAAUUCGAUAGUUUCUGGGUUUGCGCAGAACGGUAACUUGAAUCUUGCAAAAUAUUUCUUUGAGAAGAUGCCCCACAAAAACCUGAUCUCAUGGAAUACGAUGAUAGCUGGUUAUGAGAAAAAUGAAGACUAUAAGGGUGCUGCCAGGCUAUUUUCUCAGAUGCGGCUUGAGGGAGAGAAGCCAGAUAAACACACAUUAUCAUCAGUUAUCAGUGUAUGUACUGGGUUGGUGGAUCUUUACCUAGGCAAGCAGAUACAUCAGCUUGUCACGAAGAUUGUUCUUCCUGACUCACCGAUAAAUAAUUCCCUUAUUACCAUGUACUCGAGAUGUGGGGCAAUAGUUGAUGCAUGCACUGUAUUUAACGAGAGAAAACUUUAUAAAGAUGUGAUCACUUGGAAUGCAAUGAUUGGAGGCUAUGCAUCUCAUGGCUUAGCGGCAGAAGCCCUAGAGCUUUUCAAACUGAUGAAAAGGCUUAAAAUUCACCCUACCUAUAUAACCUUCAUUUCGGUUUUAAAUGCAUGUGCCCACGCAGGAUUAGUUGAAGAAGGGAGGAUACAAUUCAAAUCCAUGGUCACGGACUAUGGUAUUGAGCCACGGGUUGAGCACUUUGCCUCCCUUGUGGACAUCUUGGGACGGCAGGGGCAACUUAAGGAAGCUAUGGAUUUGAUUAACACCAUGCCAUUUAAACCAGAUAAGGCUGUGUGGGGUGCAUUGCUAAGUGCUUGUAGAGUUCAUAAUAAUGUAGAAUUGGCCAUUGUAGCAGCUGAUGCUUUGAUCAGACUUGAACCAGAAAGUUCAGCUCCGUAUGUAUUGUUAUAUAAUAUGUAUGCUAAUUUAAGACAGUGGGAAGAUGCUGAGCGUGUGAGAGUUUUGAUGGAAGAAAAGAAUGUCAAGAAGCAAGCAGGAUAUAGUUGGGUAGACUGAUUGACAGUGACAACUUUAUUGUCUUGUUAGAGAUGGUCGCAUUACUGUGCCAGAUAGGAAAGAUGAUAUUGACUGAUUAAGCAGAUUUUAAAGUAGAAAAAAUUUACAGACGUUGGUUUGAAAUGGAAGAAGCAUGUCUUCUGGCAAACAUUCAGAGAUCAAUUUGCAAGUGUCAACAUUACGUGAUUUCUACUUUGGCUGGCUGGAAGAUUAGUCUUCCAUAUGCUGAAGGCGUAACUUGUUUCUACCUGCAAAAGAACUGUCUGCCAUGACAUGUUCUAUGUGGCUAUUUGGCACUGCUAAAGGGCGUCGGAAGUUUGACUUAACAAAUCAAUAUUUUGGAAGUUAAGGUAACUUUGAGGUUGCUGAACCGGUGUAUACUUGGAAAGGAGUGGCAGAGUUUAUAAAAAAAAAUAUUCGUCCACCCUCCCUUGUAAUCGGUAGAGAAUAAACUCUAAUAAAUUUGUAUAGAGAUUACACAUUCAAAUUGUAUUUAGUUUGAAUAUAUUAUUUUUUUUUCUAAAAUUAUUAGUUAAAAUCUGUCAGAGCUACAAAGUAUUAUGGGUGAAAUUUUUAAUGUGCUGAACGUAGUAUCGGACACUCUUAUGAGAAUCAUCACAUUCUUCAAAGUAUGCGUUAACUCCCACAUGAUUUCGAUUUGUCAGAAUGAUGUUUCUUAUGAAAUCGUUAAAAAGUGGAGAUUUUGAAGAAUCAAGUUCAGGAUCUCAUUAAUGGAAGGGAUCAAAAAUCAAAAUUAUCAAUGGUGACAAUUAUUUAAAUUUAGGAAGUUAUGAGUAACUAGAAUUUAUUGUAUAAAUAUCAAAUUUUUACUUUGUAAUAAAU